UUUAUCUGUCAAACCGAUGGAUUGUGGAAAUCAAACUGAGAUUAAAACAGAACCCACUGAAAUAAAAACAGAACUGAUAGAAGAGAAACAUCACGAUGAAGAUAAUGACGACGAUGAGUUUUUUCCUUCCGAUGAGAAGAGUGUCGUCUUUACUACCUUACAAGAGAAGAAACUUCAUUCAGAAGAGCACAGAGAGAAGAAGAAGAGGCAGUUUCACUGUGAGCGGUGUGGGAGGAUUUGUGUUUCUUCUUCAAGUUUGAAAGCUCAUAUGAAGACACAUACUGAUGAAAAGCCUUUCCACUGCAAUGACUGUGACAAAUGUUUCAGAACCAAAGGAAAUCUUGAUGUUCAUCAGAAAAUUCACACAGGAGAUAAACCACACCAGUGUCCUCUAUGUGAGAAGAGAUUCAUUAGUGGACACCAUUUAAACAAACAUGUGCGUUUACACACCAAUGAGAGACCGCAUCAGUGCAGUGAAUGUGGAAAAACCUUUAGGCUUUUAGAUUCUUUAAGGAAGCAUGAAAUAACACACUCUGAGAGACUCUAUCAAUGUUCACACUGUGAUAAACGUUUUUUUCAUAAAAUGAAUUUGAUAUGCCAUGAGAGAGUUCAUACUGGAGAGAAACCUUAUCUCUGUUCUCACUGUGGAAAGAGCUUCUCUGCUUCAGGUACCUUGACUGUUCAUCUGAGAGUUCACACUGGAGAGAAACCUCAUCCAUGUAGUUUUUGUGGGAAAAGUUUUAGUAAACAUUACAAUUUAGUGACACACCUAAGAAUUCAUACAGGUGAAAAACCUUACAAAUGCUCUCAGUGUGGAGAGGGGUUUAAUCAAGCGGUUCUCCUGAGAAUCCAUCAGAGAGUUCAUACAGGAGAGAAACCUUACCGCUGCUCGAUCUGUGGAGAGAGAUUCGCUAAUGUAGGACCUUUCAAGACUCAUCAGAAGAAGCAUGCUGAAGAACAAACUGAUCUGUGAAAAAGAGAAAUAACUUGUACAUAAAAAAAUUACACUCAGAACACACAGGGUUCACACUGGAUUCACUUUGACUGGAGAAUUCAUUACAGUUGAAUGAACUUGCAUUACAUUUUAUGUCAUACAUUUAUGGUCUGAUAUUUAUAACUGUAUUUCCUGGAUAUAUGCAUACAUCAUUUUAUACCUAUACAUUCCCAAAAGUAGAGUUUUAUUUACGGAAAUAGAACAUUUUGGAAAAAAUGUACUGGGAAUGUUCCCCUUUUUUCUUAAUAAAUCACCCCUACAUGUAAAUAAUUACUACAUUGCAUUGUGUUAACAAUCUAUCAUUCAUCCCUCUAACUAAAAUAAGUAAAACACGAGAGAGAUUAUAAGGAUGAUUAAAUCAAUAUAUUUGAUUAAAAAUCUCUAUUUAAGCCUUAGGUUUCUAUCAGAAAAUGAGUUGCCAGUGUGUGUGCAGAAACAUCAUGUUAUUAUACAAAUCCAUUUAUUCUUCUUUGUGUAAUGUCAUUUAAACCGCAACUGUAAACCUUUAAAAGUUUUUUCCUUAUAAAAAAAAUGACUAACCAACCCUUGGCUAUGUAUACUGUGUGUAAAGAGACACACAA